CGGAGUUGAAACUUUCCGCUGAUCGAAUUAUAAAGCACGUGACUUAAACUUACCCGCACGAUGACACAAAUGAGUUUAACUUAUGUCUUGCGCAAAAUAUUUGCAGAUUUCGUCCCGGACUAUUUUUCAUACAACUCCGAUUACUUACUUUCAAUCGACACCACGAGUCAGGCCCGAAUUGGUGGGAAUACAUUACAAUGCUGGGUAAAAGGAAGCGGGACGUCGUCAUCGUGACGAGACAAAUACGUGACGACGAGGACAGCGACCUCCAAAACCUAUCUCCGUCGGCUGAGGAAAAACAAGAUAUUCUCCGCAAGCUCUUCGAGGCUAGAUUUGGCCCAGUAGAAGCACUUGUGAAACCGAUAUAUACUACUCCCGAGGAGCCCUCACAUUCUUCUUCGGCAGAGGCAGACGACGACGAUGAUGAGUGGGAAGGCCUUUCAGACGAAGGUGAUAGUGAUAUUGCGGGCGAGAAGCACCGAUCUGCGGAGGUAGUUGAGCACACGACUUCAUGGAACUCAACGAAAGAUAUUUUAGCUAAACAGGCCCGGAAAGCGUUUAUGACCUCAAAACCCCCAUCCUCCUCUCAAGCAGCAAGGAACUCAACAACAAAAACAAAGACAUUGGGAGCGGCAGGCGCUACCACCGAAGAUCAAGCCAUGGAUGCUGAAAACCUGAAAAACGACCUCGCGCUUCAGAGACUUCUAAAGGAGUCGCAUCUACUCGAUAGCGCUGAUGACCUUAACCCAACCGGCGCCAAACGGCACCGCGCCAUCGAUCUCCGCAUGCAAUCUGCUGGAGCUAAAUCAUCAAUAUUCUCGCAGACGAAAAUGCCGAUGUCGCACCGCAAAGGGAUUAUUGGGAAGGCGAGCAAGAAGGAAGAAGCGCGGCGGAGAGAAGCGAAGGAGAAUGGGAUUAUCCUUGAGAAGCCUUCGUUUUCUACAGUUGGUAAAAAACAAAGUGGCAGCGGUGGGGGCAGUGCUAUGCGCAGAGAGAGGGGCAUUGGGGGCCCUUCUAUUGGGAAAUUUACUGGGGGCACGCUACGGCUUAGCAAGAAGGAUAUUUCCGAUAUACAAGGGCCCGGAAAGGGGGGAAGAGGUAGAGGUGGAGGCGGAGGAAGGGGAAGAGGAAGAGGGAAACGUACUUGACAUAUCGUUUCGAGUUGAGGAUACUAUUCAUCUGUAGGGUUUGGAUGCGAAGCGGGAGAUCCAAUUGCUGCCCUCUCCAUGGAGGAUGAGCCUGAGGGCCCUGGAUACCCUUUGCGACUAUUACUUGGCAUUGCCGGGGUUGAUCAGGCUCCAACAAGUCUCCGUGAGUUUAAGCCAUGCCACUAAACCCGGACGAUCGAAAGCAGACUGGAGAAUUUUGGAUAUUCAUAUGUCCAGGCCACGCCGGUGGCCUGCUAUAAUAUAUCUACGCCAUAUUGUAUAUUGCGCCCGGGCUUCCCCUGGGUUUUUCGCUUUUUCUCUAUUUCCGCUACCUGCGGUACGGACUUCGGGGUUUCCUUGCCCUGGGAGUCGCUCUAAACCCCUGCGCCCCGUUCUCCUCCCCCGGCCCUAACACCUUAGUCUCAACCCUGUCCGCCCCUUAACUAAGGAAGGGUCUUGGGGCUCUUGGCCGCGAACCAACCGGGGUUUCAGGUCUCUGUGUCAUUGACAAUGUCUUUGGAAGAAGAACGAAAAAUAAAGCGUGAUAAAGGGGGACCAUAUCUCCAUGUAUCCACACGCUCUUGAGAUAAAAAAUGCAAUAGCAUUGAGGCUUUCUUAUUCUUUUAUAUAGCGCAGGCAAAGAAAUUAGAAGAAACCUCCAUAUAUCUCCAUUUAGCUUCCCGAUCAUCUUGCUUUAAUGGGCUCUUUGAUUUCGUUAGACAUUGUCUAUGAUAUAUAAUAACAAGAGGGGUAUCAUUUAGAGCACAAUAGCGACACCCAUCUUCUUCAGGUUCUUGCGAAACUUACUCUUUUCGUCCUCGAUGGGUUUUUUAAGCCAACAUCCAUCCCCUAGCCUACAUACUAAUUGACAAAGGAGGGAGGGAUCCAACGUCGACGGCUGAUCUUUGGGGAUGUUCGUUGCAAACGACAUGAAAAGAAUUCCAUCCCAUUCUCUCUCUCUCCCUGUUCCGCGCAUACUCCCUCUCAAUCGUCCCUGCCUAUAUCGUAGUGUGCCGAAGCCCUACAACCAACCACCUCAAUAUCCAACAACUGGUAAAUGAUCUAGCUCUUCUCCUCGGUUUGGCGUAUGUGGGCACUCGGCUUUAUGGAGCGGGGCAUUGGUGGUUCGUUUGAGAAUCGACUUGGGCUAUUGGGCUGUUGUAUCUAACGACCAAUGAAUAUCGGAGAAAGAUUUUUCUUUUCUCCUCUAUGGGGAGAGGAGAGGUGGUUAUUUGGUAGAGAAGCAGGGCACCUUCGAUCAUUUAAGCCCAGGCCUAUUCGUCAAUUACUUUUCACAAAUAUCCCAGGACAAAAUGAAUAUAACAGUUGUUCGAGAUUCAAUUAUUGAAACACUAGGAGGCUAAAGUAUAUGUACAGUGGAAGUAAUCAUUCCUCAUGAGGCAAGGCAGUGUCCCAAAUACCACUCUUCACAAUUUAACAUCCAGGACAGGCCUUCUUCAGUGAACAUGCACAGAGAUAAGCCUUAUUAGAUACGUAUCGUAUCGUCUCCAGACCAAAUGGCAUUCUCUCUCACAGAAACGGGUCACAGAAACGGGAGCUCUCCAGUCAACAAUAAUGGCCAUGGCACUUGCGCAUCCCAGAGUGGACUUGUCCAGAGGGCUCCAGCAGCAGCAUGAUCGCCUGGUUCUGAGAGUCAAAAUAAAGCGGAUCAAUCACUUCAACAGCAUUCUUCGAAGACGUUCUCCCUGAAUCUGCACUUCUUUCGUAAACUUUUGGCAAGCCUGGGGCCGUCAUAUUAUUCAUCGAACUGUCUAUUUGCACAGUUGAUCUGACCCAGCUGGACACAAAACACAUUAUCCUCCUUAAGGGCCGUGAUUAGCAAGUAGCUAGGCGACAAAUUUUUGCAGCUUUCAUCAUGGAGGGAGGGACUUUGAUAAACUAAAAAGGGGGCUUUUGAAAUGAUGGAAUCGCUACCCUGGCUGCGUGAGGGGUCGGGUCCUUAAUGCUCCCCCC